UAAGCAGAUAACAUUUAGGCGAGGGGCGGGGCAGGCGCCGGCAAAAACCCGGGAACUUGUAUUUAAACUGGGGCGGACGUCAGCGGAGAACAGAUAAAAGAACACAAGGCACUUCCGCUUACUCCGGAAGUGAAAGCUCGUAAGUUCCUCCGCAGGCGGAGAGCCAGGGUGGAAGGAUGGCCGGGCGGACUGCGCGGCUGGUACUGCUGGCAGGAGCAGCCGCGCUAGCAAGCGGCUCCCAGGGCGACCGCGAGCCAGUGUACCGCGACUGCGUGCUCCGGUGCGAAGAGCGGAACUGCUCGGGGGGUGCACUGAAGCGCUUCCGCUCCCGCCAGCCAAUCUACAUGAGUCUAGCAGGUUGGACCUGUCGGGACGACUGUAAGUAUGAGUGUAUGUGGGUCACCGUUGACCUCUACCUCCAGGAAGGUCACAAAGUGCCUCAGUUCCAUGGCAAGUGGCCCUUCUCCCGGUUCCUGUGCUUCCAAGAGCCAGCUUCUGCUGUGGCCUCUUUCCUCAAUGGCCUAGCCAGCCUGGUGAUGCUCUGUCGCUACCGCACCUCCGUGCCAGCCUCCUCCCCUAUGUACCCCACCUGCGUGGCCUUCGCUUGGGUCUCCCUCAAUGCUUGGUUCUGGUCCACAGUCUUCCACACCAGAGACACUGACCUCACAGAGAAAAUGGAUUACUUCUGUGCCUCCACUGUCAUCCUGCACUCAAUCUAUCUGUGCUGUGUCAGGACCGUGGGGCUGCAGCACCCGGCCGUGGCCAGUGCCUUCCGGGCCCUCCUGCUGCUCUUGCUGACGGCGCACGUCUCCUACCUGAGUCUCAUCCACUUCGACUACGGCUACAACAUGGCCGCCAACGUGGCGAUCGGCCUGCUGAACGCGGCAUGGUGGCUGGCCUGGUGCCUGUGGAACCAGCGGCUGCCACAUGUGCACAAGUGCGUGGCGGUGGUCCUGCUGCUGCAGGGGCUGUCCCUGCUCGAGCUGCUGGACUUCCCGCCUCUCUUCUGGGUCCUGGAUGCGCAUGCCAUCUGGCACAUCAGCACCAUCCCUGUUCACGUCCUCUUCUUCAGCUUUCUGGAAGAUGACAGCCUCUACCUGCUGAAGGAGUCAGAGGCCAAGGUCAAGCUGGACUGAAGGCACUGGAAGCAGAUCUGCCCUCUUGAGAAUCCUGUCUAUCCCUGCUGGCUCCCCUUCUCCCCCGAAGUCCUUGAGAUGAUUUGUUUUCCUUUCAGCAUCUUGAACUUGGACAUGAAGGGUGUGGGCCCAGAAUCAUGUAACCUGCCCACCCCUUGCUCACCCCCACAUGACCCCCACAGGUCUUGGCAGACCUGGCCUCAUAACAUCGGGGGCUAGAAAAUGGGCAACCCCUUUGGUCCCUGGAGCUGAACUGGACUGGAACUGUGUUCUUAGCUCCACCGAGAGGAGGCUGUCUCUCCCUCCCUGUCAGCCUCCUCCUCACAUCCCCUCACUGCCGGGGUGGUUCCCAGAACCCUCUGUCUAGCUGGGAGACCAGGUACCACAGCCUUUGGGGAUAGUGAAGUCCCUUCUGUUACCCCUGUGCCCUCCUCGGGGCACCGCUAGGUGGCACUAGAUGUUUGCUCUUGGGCUGCCCAAGUUUCCCAGCAGAUCUUCUCAUGGGAUCUAAAGGAAGUAAGCUGUUGGGAUUGGGGAGCAGUCUCACUAAGACUUACCCCAGUCAGACCCCCGGGAGGCCUCACCGCACUCCCUCUUUGGAGCCAGGACCCCAGAGAGCAUAGGACAGGAAUCCCUCUGGCCCCUGAGCUGCUGUUCUGAUUGGGAGCCCACACAUGAGUGUAUGAGGGAGACCAAGUGUGUAGGUUGAUGGGGUGGUGGGUGCAGAUCUGGGGUGUGUGGGAUGCUGGGUGGGGUGGUGAGCAUUGGCCUUGUUGCAGUGCGGAUGUGUGUGAGUGUUUUGAAGUGUGUUUGUUGGGGGGCAGGCAGGUUAGUGUGGGUUAGGGGAAUGUGCAGAGACUGAACAUGAGUGCAAGGGAGUGUGAGUGGGGAGUGUCCAAAUCAUGUGGACAACCACUGACUGAACACCAGCUCUGCACACAGCCCAGGCCAGGCAGAGAGCCAGGAUGUCCUCAAGAUCUGGCAGGGGUAAGGGUGUCCAGGUUGCAUGUGUGUUUACGUGUUCCUUUCUUUUGCACUCCCCUCUCUUUACAAACCUCAUAGGGCUCCCACACAACUCAAGAUCACCCCCAGAAUCAGCCCCUUGGGAGGCAGAGGGAGGAAGGAAAAUGGGGACCCUCCUUGCCUAGACAUGGUUUGCCAUCCCCUACCCCAGUGCUAGUGGACUGCCGUCUAUGGGGUCGCGCAGAGUCGGACACGACUGAAGUGACUUAACACCCCAGUGCUCUGCCUGCUAAGCCCCUUUGCCACUUCCUGACCCAGGGCAGGGGGAUAAGGAGCAAUCUGGGGGAAGAGGGGAGAAGACUUUGGCUGGGUCUAGUCUCUGGUCUUCCCAGAAGCAGGCAGGGGCAGUGCUGUGCCUACGCUGUGUAAAGGUGACCCCUGCCAGUUGCCAGCAGCCAUAGCACAUUCCUGCUCCACACGGAUAGAACACGUGGAGCUCCAGAAACUUUCCAUCCCACGGCCGUGUCUGAUUGAGGCGGGGAGUCUGCUCCUCUUCCCCUCCCUGGGGGUAAGGGCGCUGAGCUAGGACUCCAACCUCAGGGACUUGGGUGGCCUGUGUUAACUUCUUUUGAUACUAAGAACUAUUUUAAGGUGAGGAGGGUGGCCAGGGACAUUCUUAAUAAACCAAUUCUCAGCCUCA